AGGUCGUGGGCCUUUGGCGGAGGGCCAUGGGUGCGUCGCACGCGCCGAGGAUGGUCCCAGUGCGUCGCGUCAACGAAUAGAAGUGAGAGCGGUUGAAAUAUUGUAUGUGUUCACUGAUCGGGUGAUCAAACUUGGGAGGUGGUUAUAAGGAAAUGUUCAAAAGCGCGUACGAUUUCUUGUUACAAGGACCCGUGCCGGUUCCCGUGGACACCGCGAUGGACCCGGAGAGUCCCGUCGGCUGGCGGAUCCGCACGGUGGAGAUGCACACGGCGGGCGAGCCGGUGCGUAUCGUGGUCUCUGGCCUGCCGCCCAUCGAGGGCGACACACUGCUGGAGAAGCGCCGCUACUGUAGGGACAGCCUGGACCGGUUCCGCCGGCUGCUGAUGGGCGAGCCGCGCGGCCACAGGGACAUGUUUGGAGCCGUCCUGGUGCCCGCCGACGACCCCAAGGCGGACGCGGCGGCGCUCUUCAUCCACAACGAGGGCUACUGCACCAUGUGCGGCCACGCCUCGAUGGCCGUCGUGCGCUACCUGGUGGACGAGGGGGUGGUGCCGCGUGCAGAGACCGGAGACACGGAGGUGAACCUGCAGUGUCCCUGCGGCCUCGUACGCGCCUGGCUGACCCAGGAUAACCAGACCCGGUUCCUGUCCGUCCCGGCGUUUGUGCUCCACAAGGACCUCAGUCUGCCGCUGCCCGACGGCCGCCAGUGCAGGAUGGACAUCAGUUACGGCGGGUCGUUCUACGCGGUGGUACGCGCUGGCGACCUGGGUCUGAGCAGCGACUCCCCCUCCGCCGAGUACGUGCGCCAGGCGAGCUAUAUACGCCGCCACCUGAGCGCCUCCGGCGUGAAGAUCCACCAUCCAGACAGCGCCGACCUGGGCUUCCUGUUCGGCGUCGUGUUCGCCGACUUCGCGCCGCUCUCGGUGGUCGCUCCGCCUCCGGAGGUGGUCUCGCAGGUGAUCGUGUUCGCCGACGGCCAGGUGGACCGGUCGCCGUGCGGCUCGGGCACGACGGCGUGCUGCGCCGUGCUGCACGCCGCCGGCCGGCUGCCCACCGCGCACGGCUGCACGUUCCGCUGCGCCCUCACCGGCAGCGAGUUCAGUGGCCGGGUGGCCAGGGAGACCGAGAGCCACGGCCGGCCGGCGGUGGUCGUCCAGGUGGCCGGCAGGUCCUUCUACACCGGCAGGGCAGAGUACCUGGUCGAGCCGGAAGACCCGCUCGGAGAGGGCUUCCUGGUCCAGUGACAGUUUAUUGGGGAGCAUUGGUCUAGUGACCGAACCACUCGAGGGGUCUAGGUCCAGCGGUCAGUCUGUUUGAGGGGUCUUAGAUUAGUGACCGGUCGUUUGGAGUAUGUCCUUGCUCAGAGACGUUAGGGGGCUUCCUGUCUCGUUUCGUAACAGUCUUCUUGAUUUACUUGUGGGUAAUUGCAGUCACCUGUUGAGGUCUCGCCUUUACUAAAACGCCAUUAUCUAGUUACAGCGUUGGACUGUUCACAAUUUAUCUUUUUACCUCAACUUUCGAAUGCUUUUUAGUUCUUAUCGCACAUGCAAAAAUUAGAUGUCAGACAAACAUAAGGACAGUGCAUACAUUAAGCACUUCUAGCAGUUCAGAUGUAGAUUGAUUAUGUUGCGAGAUAUGUGCAAUGUGCAUGCAUGUAUGAAUGCAUUCAUAUUUUCGACCCUUCUGGCAAGGCUAGUCUUAGCUCUGAGCAACUGCAUCAUUACCGGAUACAUUUUUUUUUCUAUUCUCUAGAAUAGAUAUACAGGGAUACGCCAUUUUGAGAAUAGUUCCUAUUCACCGCAAUGUUACAACGCCUUACACGAUCAAGGGCCGUAUUCACGUCGAUCAUUUUCGUACGAAUUUUCUAACGCAUGACCUACUUCUUAAGAUUUUUUUUAAUUAAGUGAACUCCGUCUGUUAAAGGUUAAGAAGUGUUGACGUGAAUACCAAAUAAUACUUACGAAAGAAAAUCGACUUACGAAGUCGACGUGAAUACGGCCCCAGAAUAUGUAGCAUGCGCGUGUGUGUGUGUGUGUGUGUGCGAGUAGGUGUGUGUUCACAUAUCUGUCCAAUGUCCAAUUACGUAUUGCACCUGUUGAUGUUUUCGUUUGGUUUACGAGGAUGGUGAUGGGCUUGAACAUGUUUGUCGUAUUUACGGGAAACGAACUGUCUGACAUGUGUAAUAUACGGAAGCGAUGAAA